CUCUGGAGUUUUACCUGCCGAACCAAUAGACUCUGAGGAACUGAUACUAACAAACGAUGAAGGACUAUGAGGAGAGCAUAGCCUUUUUGGGCCAAUGGGGCUGUUUUCAGUUUGUGAUAUUCUUCGUCCUUUGUGCCAGUAUAAUGCCCAAUGGAUUUGGGGCUUUCACUUUAGUGUUUUUAACUGAUGUACCUCCACAUCACUGCACUGUUCCUGAAGCUAAUCUGACAGAAGAGUGGCAAAAAGCAGCCAUUCCUUUAGUGGUGGUGAAUGGCGUGGAGGAGCAGAGCCGCUGCAGCAGGUACAGGCUGGAUGAGGUCUUGGAUCUGUGGGCUAAGGGCUUUGCUCCUGGAGACGUGAACCUCACCCAGCUGCAGCAGGAGCCCUGUGUGGACGGAUGGACCUACAGCAAAGACAUCUACCACUCCACUUUAGUCACUGAGUUUGACUUGGUCUGCCAUGACGAGUGGAAGCAGCCUCUUACAGCGUCAGUUUUCUACGCUGGAGUCACAGUUGGAUCCUUAUUCUCAGGGGAACUCUCAGACAAAUUUGGCAGGAAGCCCAUCCUUUUUGCUACGAUGGCUGUGCAGACGAUUUUCACCUUCAUCCAGGUGUUUGCAAACUCCUGGAUUUUGUUCACUGUUCUUCUGUUUUUUAACGGAUUGGGCCAGAUGUCCAAUUUUGUUGCCGCUUUGGUGCUUGGCGCAGAGAUCCUGACCGGUCACGCUCGAGUCAUGUAUUCGUCAGUAGCCACAAACUCGGCCUUCGCUCUGGGGUACAUGCUGUUACCCUUAUUUGCCUACUUCCUACGGGACUGGAGAGGCCUGACACUGGGGCUGUCUCUGCCGGGGCUGCUCUACGUCCCCAUGUGGUGGUUAAUCCCGGAGUCUCCUCGCUGGCUGCUCUUUCAGGGGAAGGUGAAAGAGGCUGAAGCCAUUAUAAGAAAAGCAGCUCGAUGGAACAAAAUCCCAGCUCCACAAAACAUCUUUCACCAGUUCACUAUACCAGAGAAGGAAAAAGAUAAAGCAAAGAAAAACUACAGUGUUAUAGACCUGUUUAAAACCAGCACCAUCAGGAUCACAACGUUAAACCUCUUCUUGAUAUGGUUCAUCAUGUUCCUGGCCUAUUACGCGCUGAACCUGAACACAUCGCAGCUCCACCCAAACCCAUAUUUAAGCUGUUUUAUUUCAGCUUUGGUGGAGCUCCCAGCUUACACCUGCAGCUGGCUCACCCUCAGGAAGUUCCCUCGUCGAGCUUCCAUCAUUGCUGCUUUGUGUCUGGGAGCAGCUCCACUUUACUUCAUACAGCUGAUUCCUAAAGACAUGCCGACUGUGGUCUUGGUCGUGGAGAUGACGGCCAAAUUCUGGUUCACCGCUGGAACCUGCCUGAUGUUCACCUACACCUCCGAGCUGUACCCCACCCCCCUCCGCAACACGGCCACCGGAGCCUGCUCCAUGGUGUCCCGGAUCGGCAGCUGCGUCGCCCCGUUUCUACUCAAACUCAGUGUGUUCUUAAAGUUCCUGCCUCAUAUUACGACCGCAUCACUGGCUCUCUUUGCCGCUUUUGUCACCCUCUUUAUCCCCGAGAGUUUUGGACAUCCGUUACCUGAAACUAUGGAGCAGAUGGCGACGAGAGAGAGCGUUCACUGUCCCUGCCAAAGGAGGAAAGAACCGAUUAGGACGAUGGUACCAGCUGAAGAUCCGCUUUAAAAUGAUUUGUUUGACUUUACGGUUACUUUGUACAGUUGGAACGCUGACUACACACACUAUAUUUGCUGCUACGUAGAAGGGAAAAUGACGUAAUAUUGUUCUCAGGUCCUUGUUUGGGCUAAAAAUACAGCAGACAGAACGUGGCGUGACUCGAAUUAGGGCAGAUUUUGGUGACUUUAUAGGAAAGAUGGAAUAUUAUUGACCUCAAAACGAAUCAAAAUAUAACAGAAAACGACAAAUGUGUAAAUGGAAACACGUAUUCGCCAUUUAGAAGAUGAGAUAUUUGCGUGAGGUUUGUCUAAAGCCGAAAUAUUAGUCCAUUGCUCUCGACUUCACUGAGAGGAUGAGCUCAUUUUGCGGCAGUUUUGACUAUUUUACGAUUACAAACCACUUCGAAUCGGUCGUCUUUCAAAACAGCUUUUUAAUCUUUAGUCUCGACUCGCUCUAGAUCCAUCGUAAAACGCGAAGUAAAAUCUGUCAACUGGACAAAAAAGUUGUAGGAGUGAAGACGUUUGCCCGUUUCGUACACGUCUAAACGGUUAAACGGUCACAUUUUUAGCGCUUUACGUCCAGGAACACGCCGCGAAUCGCACCGUCAACCUGUGAUGUUUAUGUCGAGAGCGGGAUUCGAACCGCCGACCUUCAGCUCGGUGGACGCUAAACCAACCGAGCAACUGUCGCCCGUGUAAAUACUUUCUAAUGGACUCUCUACACACAAAGACUACGCUGCCUGCCACGCACAAAAACACGCAAGUAGCUCCUGAAGGAUAAACGACACGUGCCACAUCGUGUUUUUUUGGCGCCUACUGACUUUUUAUUUCUUGAUUUAGCCGUUACAAAACCUCCAAUGUUCAUCCAGACCUCGAAAACCACUGCUCACAAACGCACAAAAACGUACUCAGGCCAAAGUUUACACAUUUUCUGGAAUGUAGCAAAUACUCAGGUGUUUUUUGUUUUGUUUUUUGAGCUUGUUUACAUGUGACCUACUUAGCCUGGGUGAUUUAUCUGAGCAAACCGGGACAGUACUUUUUAUUGUGUACACAGGGGACAUGGGGGUGGCUGAG